AUGAGUUCUUUGAACAAAUUGGCUAUAGAUCAAUUGAAUCUUGCUGGUAAGCGAGUUCUCAUUCGUGUAGACUUCAAUGUACCACUCAAGGACGGGAAAAUCACCAAUAAUCAACGCAUCGCGGCUGCAGUGCCAACCAUUGAGCACGCUCUUAAAAACGGAGCGAAGUCCGUUGUAUUGAUGUCUCAUUUGGGACGUCCUGAUGGAAGACGACAGGACAAGUACACUUUGAAGCCGGUUGCUGAGGAACUCAAGUCACUUUUGAAAAAGGACGUCCUUUUCCUUGACGACUGUGUUGGAUCUGAAGUGGAAGCAGCUUGUGCUGAUCCAGCUCCGGGAACUGUCAUUCUUCUCGAAAAUCUCCGCUACCACCUGGAAGAGGAAGGAAAAGGAGUCGACGCCGCAGGAGCUAAGGUCAAGGCUGAUGCCUCUGCUGUGAAGACAUUCCGUGAAUCACUCACGAAGUUGGGAGACGUCUACGUUAAUGAUGCUUUCGGAACUGCACAUAGAGCCCACAGCUCUAUGGUCGGAGUCGAACACUCCCAGCGGGCCAGUGGUUUCCUUCUCAAGAACGAACUUUCUUAUUUCAGCAAGGCCCUCGACAAUCCAGCUCGCCCGUUCUUGGCUAUUCUUGGAGGAGCCAAAGUUGCAGAUAAGAUCCAGUUGAUCAAGAACUUGUUGGAUAAGGUCGAUGAAAUGAUCAUCGGAGGAGGAAUGGCAUAUACCUUCCUCAAAGUUGCUCAAGGAGUCAAGAUAGGAAAUUCUUUGUAUGACGAGGAAGGAGCCAAGAUCGUCAACGAACUUCUCGAGGCAGCCAAGGCUAAAGGUGUCCAAAUCCACCUUCCAGUCGAUUUCGUUAUUGCUGACAAGUUUGCCGAGGAUGCCUCUUCUAAAGUAGUUUCUUCUCAAGAAGGAGUUCCAGAUGGUCACAUGGGUCUCGACGUUGGACCUGAAUCUUCCAAAAUUUUUGGAUCCGCUAUCCAACGUGCAAAGACUAUUGUCUGGAAUGGACCGGCUGGAGUCUUUGAAUUUGACAAGUUUGCGAAUGGAACAAAGUCGCUGAUGGAUGAAGUAGUAAAAGCUACGGGAUCCGGAGCCAUCACUAUCAUUGGAGGAGGUGAUACUGCCACUGCUGCGAAGAAGUACAACACAGAGGACAAGGUUUCUCAUGUUUCCACUGGAGGAGGCGCCAGCCUGGAGCUUCUCGAAGGAAAAGUUCUUCCUGGAGUUGAUGCUCUCUCCCCUGCACAAUAA